AGCGGCUUAGAGGCUAGUGCUACACCACUGUGUUGUGCAGGAACAGUCAGGCACGGCAUAGCUGAAAACCGCCAGCGGAACAAAUGAAAACGAAAACUACACUCUUUCGUGUGGAUUAAUUCAGGGGCGAGACACCCAAUCGAAGCGAGGACCUCUUAGGGGGAAUUUGGACCGACUGAGGAAGGAUUGGGACAUUAGCUACUGUGCGAUAACACCGCCGAAUGGUUUCUCCUGCCCCGCCGCUAAGGUUGAUGGCUAAGAGAAACAGCUAAUAAUGCACAGCAUCCGCUCUGCAGACAUACCGACUUCCUGCCUGUAGAGGAAGCGGCUGUGCCAGCAUGUCCUCUCAUCCCCAGUCUGGGCCACCAGGCCGGAGGACUGUGGACACACGGCACCUCCCAAACCCCGCCAGUCUACCACUACAGCUGCAACGGGCACACACGGAAGUGGGACUAGUUGACUUCCACUCUCAUCAUGCCAGGGACUACAGCUCCCACUUGUCCCAGCCCCAUCGCCGCCGGCCCUCCUUACUCUCGGAGUUUCAGCCCGGGAAUGAGAGAGGGCAAGAGCAGCAUAUUCGCUAUGAGCACAUUUACCUGCCAGAGCCUAGCAACCAAUCAGAGGUGGAGUAUGCAGAGAUCAAACGACCUCGCUUGGAGAUGGGACCGGAGUCUCUGAUGAGGCCUUCAUCCCAUCGCCCACAAUUACCCAUGGGAGGGGCUGAGGAUAUGUCAAAGGACCGUGGGAGUUCCAUGGGGAAGCUGGAGCCGAUCUCCCCUGUGAGCCCGGUCCAUAUGGACCCCGACUUGGAUCUGGUGCCAGCUCGGUUCUCCAAGGAGGAGCUGAUCCAGAACAUGGACCGCGUGGACAGGGAGAUCACCAUGGUGGAGCAGCAGAUCUGCAAGCUUCGCAAGAAAGAGCACCAGCUGGAGGAGGAGGCUGCAAAGCCACACGAGCCAGAACGGACGGUCUCACCGCCACCCAGCGAGGCCAAGCACCGCAGCCUGGUGCAGAUCAUCUACGAUGAGAACAGGAAAAAGGCAGAAGAGGCUCACAGGGUACUGGAGGGACUGGGACCCAGGGUAGAACUGCCUCUGUACAAUCAGCCUUCUGAUACCAAGCAGUACCAUGAGAACAUCAAAAUAAACCAGGCGAUGAGAAAGAAGCUCAUCUUGUACUUCAAGAGGAGAAAUCAUGCUCGUAAGCAGUGGGAACAGAAAUUUUGCCAGCGCUAUGACCAGCUGAUGGAAGCCUGGGAGAAGAAGGUGGAUCGCAUCGAAAGCAACCCGCGGCGCCGAGCCAAGGAGGGCAAGGUGCGCGAGUACUACGAGAAACAGUUCCCAGAGAUCCGCAAGCAGAGAGAGCUACAGGAGCGCAUGCAGAGCCGCGUUGGGCAGAGAGGAGGUGGGCUGGCCUCGUCUGCAGCUCGCAGUGAGCAUGAGGUCUCCGAGAUCAUCGAUGGAAUAUCAGAGCAUGAGAACACAGAGAAGCAGAUGCGGCAGCUGGCGGUCAUCCCCCCCAUGCUGUUUGAUGCCGAGCAGCAGCGCAUCAAGUUCAUCAACAUGAACGGAUUGAUGGAUGACCCCAUGAAGGUGUACAAGGACCGGCAGGUUAUGAACAUGUGGAGCGAGCAGGAGAAGGACACUUUCAGAGAGAAGUUCAUCCAGCAUCCCAAAAACUUUGGUCUGAUUGCGUCUUUUCUGGAGAGAAAGACGGUGGCGGAGUGUGUGCUCUUUUACUACCUGACCAAAAAGAAUGAGAACUAUAAGAACAUAGUGCGGAGGAACUACAGACGCCGAGGAAGAAGCCAGCACGGCCAGCAGCAGCAGCAGCAGCAGCAACAACAGCAGCAGCAGCAACAACAGCAACAAGUGCAGCGGGGCAUCCAGGAAGAAAAGGAGAAGGAGAAGGAAGAGAAAGAGAAGGAGGGGGAGAGGGAUGAAGAAAAAAAUGAAGCUGAAGACAAGGAGGAUGCAAUGAAGGACGACACCUCUGGAGAAGAUGCAGAGGACAAAGAGCCAACUGUGGCUGUCAAGGGUCGACGCACAGCCAACAGCCAGGGGCGCCGCAAGGGCCGCAUCACCCGCUCCAUGACCAGCGAAGUGGAGGAGACGACCACACCGCCACUCAACAGUGAGCUGGCCAAUCUGGAAAUGAAUGAGAGCUCUCGCUGGACUGAAGAAGAAAUGGAAACCGCCAAAAAAGGCCUUCUCCAGUAUGGUAGGAAUUGGUCCGCCAUCGCCAAGAUGGUGGGGUCAAAAACCGUGUCACAGUGCAAGAACUUCUACUUUAACUACAAGAAGAGGCAGAAACUGGAUGAGAUUCUGCAGCAGCAUAAAAUGAAAUCGGAGAAAGAGCGAAAGGCCCGCCGUAGGGGCAAAGCCCUGCAGAAUGAGGAGACCAGUGCCCCGUACACAGCAGAGGAGGAGGAGAUGGAGGGCUCAGGUGCCAGUGGCAAUGAAGAGGAGGCCCCUGAAGAUGGAGAAGGUGGUGCUAACAACAGCUCUGACACAGAGAGCUUGCCCUCGCCACACUCAUCAGAGGACAGCAAGGCUAAAGAGGAAGGCUCGAGCAGGUCGAAGUCCAGCUCCAACGCCGGGGACAAGGAGGCGUCCGGGUCCGACAUGGGCCAGGCAGGGGAUGAGAAACCUCCGGUCAAGGAAGAUGCAGAAUCAGCCAUCAAGCAAGAGAUAAAGACUGAGACAGGGGAGACCAACAAAGAGCCAACGCCACCCAGCGAUGCCAUAGAUCAAAAACCUCCUACUGCAGAGACAGAGGAGGGAAAGAGCUCCUGUAAGAGCUCCAAAAAGGACCAUGGGCCUAAAACGGGUUCCCAUGGGGACAGUGACUCUAGUGCCACUUGCAGCGCUGAUGAAGUGGAGGAGACAGACAACCCAGACAAGAAUAGGUAA